AUGCUGGGCGCCAUUGUUGCGCUCGGCCUCGUCGCCGCUCAUGCGACUCAAGCGAUCCUCAUUCGCGACACCAUUCUACAAUGGUUCUGGCUUGCUUCGGUGGCUGAUGACAACUACUUGUAUAUCACGGGAGGCGAAUUUUAUGAGCCGGAAGAUGACGUGGUGACCAUGUACUAUCAGGGCAAUACGCUUGUGGUCGACCUCAGACAAUCCUGGACGAACCAGACAGUCGACGCUGUUACUUCAACACCUGAUCCAGAUGGAAUGAUAUAUGUCCGACAACCGAUGGUAUUUUACGACAAGACCCGGAACAAAAUAAGCCGCUAUGGCGGAUGGCCGUACGAAGUGACGGAUUUCCCAUCUUUGCUAUGGUCCUUCACUGCAGGAUCGUCUGGUGUUACGUGGAAGAAUGAGACGCCUCCUGCCACCGACGGCCUCGCAGCGAAUUCGCCAGGCCCGUUCGCCUCGGCGAACGCCUACACCAAUUCCACGUUCUACAACUUUGGUGGGAACGUCGUGAGCUCGUUACCCGACAUGACGGUUCUGUCUGGCCUCGUCACUCGAGACUUUGAGGCUCAAUCUUGGAUGAAUUCCACCGCCAUUCUCCCCAACCAGAGCAGAUAUCGCACGCAAGCCCGCAUGGUCCAUGCACCGACUUUUGGGAACCAGGGAUUUCUCGUCGUUGUCGGUGGGGAGGCCCCUCCUACGCAAGAAUCUGUUUACGAGGCUGGCGCUCAUAUGGUCGACAUGUCCGUCAUCACUCUGUAUGACAUUGAAACGGGGAACUGGUAUACGCAAACAGCGACAGGAGAUAUUCCACCUCCGAGGUCGGAGUUCUGUGCCGUCGGUGCAUCGUCCCGGGGUGGUGCCAGAUUUGAGCUGUUCGUUUACGGUGGUUCAACAAACGCCACAUUUGAUUUAAACCACAGCUCCGACGAGGGCUAUCUCAACGUCUACGCACUGUCCCUGCCGGCUUUCCGGUGGUUCAAGUCGAAUUCGACAACUCCCGUGCGUCGAGCUUGCAACGCUUGCACGGUCAUUGGGAACAGACAGAUGGUGUCGAUAGGUGGAAGAUUGCCCAGCUCUCUACAGGCAUUCGGCAGCGAAAAGGAUCCCUGGCCCAGCGGUCUGGGGGUUUUUGAUAUGACCGAUUUUGAAUGGGUCGACCAUUACGACGCAGCAGCUGCUGCAUACGAAACGCCUGAUGUGGUCAAGCAGUACUACUCGGAACGUUACAAGGAGCCAGAUUGGAGCGACGCGACAUUGGCCAGCGUAUUUGCGUUUACGCCACCCGCAAGCUCAUCAUCCGACAAUUCGACUUCCACGGACGGUUCUAGCAGUUCUUCGACUGGGCAAGCCUCACCGACGCCCCCGGCAGUCGUAUCUACCAAGAAGACCAACACCGGCGCAAUCGUCGGCGGAGUGAUUGGUGGCGUUGCGCUCCUCGCGAUCAUCCUGGGCCUGUGGUACUGGAUGGCAGUGCGACGCCGCCGACGAGCCCGGGCAGAAUUCGCCGCCAUGGCGGACAAAGACGGGGACGGAAACACAGAAGUCGAUUACAAGGAUCAAAAGUACACGCCACCGAUGGAAGCCGCGUCGACACCAAUGUACGAAGCAGACGACAACUCCCGCUCGGAAUUGAAUGGGUUGCCGCCCAAACCGCAGCUGAUAGCCGAGUUGCCUGUGAAUGAGGAGCCGGUGAGAAAUCCCGGCGCGGCCACGAGAUGA